AUGUGCCACUUUCAGGUCUCCUCACACUGCUGGUGUGUUCCAUUUUUUGUCAUAGGGUGCUGGCAGAUUACGGGCCUCCCAUAGCUGCUGCCAGGCCCCUAAUCUGCCAUGGGCCCCUAUACCGCCUCCUCAUGCUGCUGCCAGGUCCAGAGUGUCUCAUGGGUCCCUGUACGGCCUCCCAUUGCUGCUGUCUCCAUCGCCACACUCUGCCAUGUGCCACUUUCAGGUCUCCUCACACUGCUGGUGUGUUCCAUUUUUUGUCAUAGGGUGCUGGCAGAUUACGGACCUCCCAUUGCUGCUGCCAGGCCCGUAAUCUGCCAUGGGCCCCAGUACCCGCCUCCUCAUGCUGCUGCCAGGUCCAGAGUCUCUCAUGGGUCCCUGUACGGCCUCCCAUUGCUGCUGUCUCCAUCGCCACACUCUGCCAUGUGCCACUUUCAGGUCUCCUCACACUGCUGGUGUGUUCCAUUUUUUGUC